UUGGUAAUUUGUUAUUGCUGUGGUAGUUUUUGUUUUGUUUUUAAUUAUUAUGACUAUUACUAUAUUUUUCCUUUCGCGCUUGAGAUUAAUGGUCAGUAGAAGCUUCCGUAGUCGACAUACUAGUGGAAGAAUGGCAGGCUGGCUGUGGUUACGCUGUGUCUUAGGGCCUCAUCUGCAACGAAUUCACCGCUCACCAGACCAGUCUCGACCCGAGAGCCGAGUGGGAAGAAGGGGAUGGAACUACCAACCCAGGAGUCUCGAGAAACACACCGACAGCAUCCUUGGCUGGGCUUCAGCAAUAUGGUCCCUGUCCUACUACAGUUCCCCUAUCCUCCUCUGCUAUCUGUACAGGAAAGGUUACAUCUGCAGCAGUAAGUUGGUUCCGGUGAGUCAGUAUGUGGGAACUGUGCUGGUGUGUCUUCUAGGAGUGGCCUUUCUAAGAGGAUGGGAAAGAUGGAGGAACACUGACUAUCUUCAGUUUAUCUCUAUUCUUGAGGAAACCAAAAAGAACAACACACCAGCAAACAAGAAAAAGCUGAGAUGUUAUGACUUUGACUUCUUGCACUGGCCCUCAGAUUUCAGCUGGACAGAGGCGGGCACUCCGAAACUGUCCAGGGCUGGCGUCUCUCUGCUGAAGCCAGAGCCCAGAUUAAGAGGAGCAGCAGAUAGUGUCCUCCACUCAGUCCGCACUCUUCCAUGCCACAUCAUCAGCUAUCUUAUCGUUCACUCAUUUGGGAGAAGAAUGCUGUACCCUGGUUCUGUAGGUUUACUGCAGAAAGCCAUGAGGCCCAUGCUCCAGCAAGGCCAAGCCAAGUUAAUAGAAGAGUUUGAUGGCCAACGGAACAAGCUAGUGGCCUGUGAUGGUAAUGAGAUCGACACCAUGUUUGUGGAUCGACGGAAAGAUGGAGGACAGAGAGGCAGGACUCUGGUCAUCUGCUGUGAGGGGAACGCAGGCUUCUAUGAGGUGGGCUGCAUGAACACUCCACUGGAGGGUGGCUACUCUGUGCUGGGCUGGAAUCACCCUGGCUUUGGUGGGAGUACGGGAGUACCAUUCCCUCAGAAUGAGGCCAAUGCCAUGGAUGUUGUGAUCCAGUUUGCAACACAUCAACUGGGCUUCCAGCUCAGUGAAAUUAUCAUAUAUGCCUGGUCCAUAGGAGGAUUCACAGCCAGUUGGGCUGCGAUGUCAUACCCAGAGGUCCAGUCACUGGUGCUGGACGCUUCAUUUGAUGACCUCCUGCCUCUGGCCCUAAAGGUCAUGCCUGACAGCUGGAGACCGUUGGUCCAACACACAGUCAGACAGUACAUGAACCUGAACAACGCAGAUCAGCUUCUCAAGUACCAGGGACCAGUCCUGCUGAUAAGGAGAACUAAAGAUGAGAUCAUCACCACAACGGGUCCAGAGGACGUCAUGUCCAACAGAGGCAACAACUUGCUGCUCAAGCUGCUGCAGUUCAGGUACCCCAAAAUAAUGACAGAUGAAGGAAUCAGAGUGGUCAGGCAGUGGCUGGGAGCCUCCAAUCACCUAGAGGAAGCAUCUGUGUACAGCGGUUAUGAAGUGGACGAUGACUGGUGUGUGUCGGUGCUGCAGUCCUAUCAGGCCGACAGAGAUGCGGUGUUUCCAUGGAGCGUUGGUGAAGAUAUGACUCUAGAGGGAAGGCGGCAGCUGGCUCUCUUCUUGGCACGGAAGUACAUGCGAAACUUUGAAACGACACACUGCACUCCUCUACCCGCCUCCGAGUUUCACGCACCCUGGAGACUGUAGAGAAGAGGAGGGAGGACGAGGGAGGAGAGGAAAAGAGCAGCAGAGGGUGUGGAUGGCCCGUGGUCAGCGCGUGUUCAAAGCAUGUUGUGAAUGUAUUACUGUGGUUUUCUUCCUGAUCCCUCUCUCUAAGACAGAUUUGUUAUCGAUAGUGAUGCUGUGGAGGGAUUUGGAAAGAUCUGGUCUACUACCGCCCUCACAUGUAAAAUAUGGCACAUCUUUUUAUUUUAAGGUUAAUUACAUCAUACUUUUUCCACUGUAAGAAAGGGAUGCAUUUUAGGUAGAAGAAAAAGCCAUCACUCACUCCUUCCAUUGUUUUCUUCUUUGGCUGUAUUUAUAAAGAAGCAACUAUAAUUUCUUAUAAUGAUGGUUUAAUCUUUAAAAAAUGCAGCCAAAUUUUCUUUUCUGUGGCCAUUAUCUCUAUGAACAAAGUUGUAUUCUAAAAUGUUCUAAUAAAUAUGCUGAAUAAAAUAUUUGACAUAAUGGA